CAGCCUCUUGGCUCCGAUAUCCGAUAGUGACGACGUACCGUCACACUCUCCUGACACUGACGACGAUGAUGAUGAUGAUGAUGAUGAUGAUGACGACGACGACAACCAGUCUGAAGAGCGUAUGCACGUCCGAAGACGGGAGCUGUGCCGUUCACAACUUCACUGUUCCGCAGUUUGAAAGGAAGGACGGAAGAAGCAAACGUCCUUCCGGUUCUUCCCAAAUUGCUGACCUGACGAUGCACGAUUGUUGCUCCCCCGCUCAACCUGCUGCCUUGCACCUCACUGAUGAGCGAUCAUCUGAAAUAGCAAGACUCCAUCGACAACUUGAUGACCAUCAACAAUGACGUUCCGUUUUGCACUAGGUUUUUGAUUUGAUUUUUAGACAAGGAAUAGACUGAUUAUUGGAAAGUAAAGGAAUCUUAAGGGCGAAAGGGUGGUACAUAUUGCAAAAAAAAAGAUGGGAAGGUGACACGGAAGGGAAGAAAAGAGUUCAGUUUACAAAGAUCAGUCAUGAUAAAAGCAAUUAAAGAGAUGAAUGUAUGUACUUGGGAAAAAAUUAUUGUCAUAAGUGUGAGCGAUGUGGCGUAAAUUAAAGCGUGGCUCAUGUAAUUACGCACUUUUUAAAGCAUCCGCCAGAGGGCGACAAGCUACAGCAAAGGGUUUGUGGGUAAGGCUGCAAUUGGCAGAAUACUUGGGGCAGAGGAUAAGAUGACGUGUGCGACAAAAGUGUGACAAAUUUCAUUCUUUGAGGGGAAGCAAAAGUAAGGAGCAGAUUGGAAAAGGUGAGGAUGCGAGUGUUACCCGCUUGCACGGUAGGUGGCGGUAUGCACUCAAACGUGGUUUGCGAGCCGCCAAUACAUCAACGAAAAAGAAGAUGAGCACGACACGCCGAAGAAGAAGAUGAGCACUCCUUUCUCCGGUCUUCUGCGGCUGCACUUGCUUCACGAAGUCAUUCUAGAAUAAGUACUACCGAACCCUCGAUACAGUACGUCCAGCAAUACUUAAUUGGAGUAAAACGUUAUUCUUUACGUCUUUUGAAAGGUUAAACUCGUCUGGGUGCACUUUGAAGAUUCUCGACCUCGCGUAGCAUAGCUUAGCUUGCUAGCCGCUAAUGUAUGGAGGAAAAAAAUAAAAAUGUGUGCACGAACUAGAGUAAAGUACAAGGAGGAAGUUUGUGCAACGAAAGAGGAGAACGAGUUUGAGCAGCAACAAUUGGGCGACGUUUUCAAGAACCCUCGAGAAUCCAGAGCAGAUGUCAGUGUACAAUUUCUUCGUCCUGGGCAGCAGGAGCCGGACCCCCCCGGCAUUAAAGAGGAGGCGGCGUCGGAGCGGCCUCAUGUUAAAGAGGAGCAAACGCAGCCCCACGACAUCAAAAAGGAGGAGAAAGAGACAUCAUACUUUAAAGAGGAGGAGUUUCCAGUGACUGGUGUCCCUCUCAAGACUGAAGAUGAAGGCGGGUGUGAGGAGAACAGAGGGGCGGAGCCUCCUAGCAGCAGCUCAAGUCAACGCAUGAAAACAGAAGGUGAUGGAGACAACUGCGGUGGAUCGCAAGCGGACAGCCUCUUAACGCCACUAUCAGAUCCUGACGACACAAUGUCACGCUCUGAAGAUGAUGAUGAUGAUGAUGAUGAUGAUGAACAGACUGAAGCAGACGUCAGUGAACAAUAUCUUCGUCCUGAGCAGCAGGAGCCGGACUCCCCCGGCAUUAAAGCGGCGGCGGAGUCGGAGGGGCCUCAUGUUAAAAAGGAGGAUGAUAUAACGCAGUUGCCAGUGACUGGUGCCCCUCUCAAGACUGAAGAUGAAGGCGGGUGUGAUGAGCACAGAGGGGCGGAGCCUCCAAGCAGCAGCUCAAGUCAACACAUGCAAACAGAAGGUGAUGGAGACCACCGCGGUGGAUCACAAGCAGACAGGCUCUUAACUCCACUAUCAGAUCGUGACGACACAAUGUCACACUCUCAAGAUGAUGAUGAUGAACAGACUGAAGGUGAUAUGACACGUCAUAUUGAAAACAAAAGCUGGAAAUGUUCUCGGUGCGGGAAAACCUUUGUCUAUGAGUCUCUUUGGAAGAAGCAUAUGAUGGUCCACAAUGGAGAGAAACCUUUCGCCUGCUCAUUUUGCAGUAAAAUGUUCUCUCGGAAGGAAAGCUUAGACAGUCACAAAACAACACACACUGGAGAGAAACCGUUUGCCUGCUCAGUUUGCGGUCAAAGAUUCUCUCUACAGGGAAACUUAAAAGCACACACAAGAAUACACGAGAAAUGUUGUGCCUCCUCAGUUAGCAGUCAAAGCACAUCUCCACAGGGAACCUUAAAAAGGCACUUAAAACACAUUGAAGAAAACCCUUUUUCUUGCUUAGUCUGUGGUAAAAGAUUCUCUGAAAAGGGAACCUUGAAAAGACACACAAUAAUACACGCUGAUGAGAAAUCUUGUGCCUCCUCAGUUGUCAGUCAAAGUAUAUCGACUAAGGGAACCUUAAAAAGUCACUUAACACGCAUUGAGGAAAAACCUUUUUCUUGCUUAGUCUGUGGUAAAAGAUUCUCUGUAAAGGGAAACUUGAAAAAACACACAAGAAUACACACCGGUGAGAAACCUUUUGCUUGCUUAGUUUGCGGUCAAAGAUUCUCUUCAAGUUCAUACUUAAAAACACACACAAGAAUGCACACUGGUGAGAAACCUUUUGCUUGCUUAGUUUGUGGUCAAAGAUUCUAUUCAAGUUCAUACUUAAAAACACACACAAGAAUGCACACCGGUGAGAAACCUUUUGCUUGUUUGGUUUGCGGUCGAAGAUUCAACCAGAAACAACCCUUAAAUGUUCACAUAAGAACCCACACUGGUGAGAAACCUUUUGCUUGCUUAGUUUGUGGUAAAAGAUUCUUUGAAAAGGGAAUCUUGAAAAAACACGCAAGAGUACACACUGGUGAGAAGCCGUUUACCUGUUCUGUUUGUGGUCGAAAAUUCUCUUCACAUAAAUACUUGCAAACACACACGAGAACACACACUGGUGAGAAACCUUUUGCCUGUUUGGUUUGUGGUAAAAGAUUCCCUUCCAAGGAAUACUUAAAACAGCACACAAGAAUACACACUGAUGAGAAACCUUUUGCUUGCUUAGUUUGUGAUCAAAGAUUCUUUACAAAUACAUGCUUAAAAGAACACACAAGAAUACACACUGGUGAGAAGCCGUUUGCCUGUUCUGUUUGUGGUCAGAGAUUUUCUCGAAAGGGAAACUUUAGACAACACACAAGAACACACACCGGUGAGAAGCCUUUUGCUUGUUUGGUUUGUGAUCAAAGAUUCUCCUCAACGGAGUACUUAAAAAAGCACACAAGAACACACACUGAUAAGAAGCCAUUUGCCUGUUCCGUUUGUGGUAAAACAUUCAGCAGGAAUGGAUGCUUAAACAUUCACAUAAGAACUCACACUGGUGAGAAACCAUUUGUCUGCUCCGUUUGUGGUCAAAGAUUCUCUCAAAGGGGAAACUUGACAGAUCACACAAGUAUACACACUGGUGAGAAGCCAUUUGCCUGUUCCGUUUGUGGUCAAAGAUUCAGGCUUAAGGGAAUCUUAAACACACACAUGAGAACCCACACCGGACAGAAAGGAGAAAGAUUCCCUCACAAGGAUUAGGUUAAGAAACGAGUGUGUUGAUGAGGAAUAACAGUGAUUAAUGAAGUUGUUUAAUUUCGAUUGCAUUGAUUGUACCCAUCUUCUUGGAUUCGUGCUGGACCUUCCUAAAAGCCUCACAAUUGGCGCUGGUGCUGAAACAGUAAAAGCAAUGUAUCUCGUUUGUCCGAUUUUUGUGUGAUGUGCUUAUCGAAUGCUGUAAUUGAAUGAUUAAAAUAGACUGUAGAAACUUGGACUGUUUGUGGAAAGAGAUUGCGGUUCUAAAUACAACUCUUUAAACAACGAUAACUCGAUU